AAGGGAUAUUAUUACUUCUUGAGGCAACCCUAAAGAAAUUUUCUCUUAGCAUUGGUCUAAUAUGCCUCCUUAUACUUUCCUUCCAGCUUGUCAUGAUUUUUGCCUUAUGAAAUAAUACCCAAAAAGUUUUCUUCCAUCUGACUGCCAUUGAUUUUUUUUUUUUUAUUUAAUGCAGUAAACAUACUGAGCAUAUAUUAUGUAUAGAAUAUUUUUGUCAGGUGGUGUCCUAGGCAUAUGGAAGAUAAAAAAAAUAGAUAGAUGAAAACACACAGUUACUAUCCUUAUGCAGCUUAUGAUAUAUUAGGGAGUGAGAAGAAGGGAGUGUACAAGUAUAAAAAAAAAUUAUAGAUAAACUCUAACUGCCAAGCCUAAGAAUAAAAGUCCUAUAAAAAAAACAGCCCACUGCCGUUGAGUCGAUUCUGACCUAUACAGGAGGCAAAAAGGAAGUAAUGAAAAUAGCAUUCUUCCCUUGACAGCUCAAAACUCUGGUUCACCUGUUGGGUGACUUUAAAUGUCUUCCAUAGUAGAGGGAAAGUAAGAAGCUUAAGCUCAUCUUUGUGGUCACUAACUCACUUGACAGCUUUGCAUCUGAGUGACAAUUCCCUGUCCCGCAUUCCUUCAGACAUUGCCAAGCUUCACAAUCUGGUGUAUCUGGACCUAUCCUCUAAUAAAAUUCGUAGUUUACCAGCAGAACUCGGAAACAUGGUAUCACUCAGGGAACUCCAUUUAAAUAACAACCUGUUACGAGUUCUACCUUUUGAGCUGGGAAAACUGUUUCAGUUGCAGACUUUAGGCCUGAAAGGAAAUCCACUUACCCUGGAUAUAUUGAACCUCUAUCAGGAACCAGAUGGCACAAGAAGGCUACUGAACUAUUUGCUUGAUAAUUUGGCAGGUACUGCAAAAAGAAUUUCAACAGAACAGCCACCUCCAAGAUCUUGGAUUAUGUUACAAGAACCAGACAGAACAAGGCCAACUGCCUUGUUUUCUGUCAUGUGCUAUAAUGUUCUUUGUGAUAAAUAUGCAACCCGGCAGUUAUACGGCUACUGUCCAUCAUGGGCACUAAAUUGGGACUACAGGAAAAAGGCCAUUAUUCAAGAAAUCGUGAGCUGCAAUGCUGAUAUCAUAAGUCUUCAGGAGGUUGAAACGGAACAGUAUUACAGUUUUUUUCUGGUAGAACUGAAAGAACGUGGCUAUAGUGGAUUCUUUAGUCCUAAGUCUAGAGCUCGAACAAUGUCAGAACAAGAAAGAAAACAUGUUGAUGGCUGUGCAAUAUUCUUCAAGACAGAAAAAUUUACUUUGGUUCAGAAACACACUGUUGAAUUUAAUCAGCUAGCAAUGGCAAAUUCAGAAGGGUCUGAAGCUAUGCUGAACAGAGUCAUGACAAAAGAUAACAUUGGAGUUGCAGUACUGCUAGAACUUCGAAAGGAAUUGAUUGAAAUGUCAUCCGGAAAGCCACAUCUUGGAACAGAAAAACAACUUAUUCUUGUGGCUAACGCUCAUAUGCAUUGGGACCCUGAAUAUUCUGAUGUGAAGCUGGUACAAACUAUGAUGUUCCUCUCAGAAGUAAAGAACAUUAUUGAUAAAGCCUCUCGAAGUCUCAAAUCCAGUGUAUUGGGAGAAUUUGGAACUAUUCCACUUGUCUUAUGUGCAGAUCUUAAUUCUUUGCCAGACUCUGGUGUUGUGGAAUAUUUGAGCACUGGUGGAGUAGAAACAAAUCAUAAAGACUUUAAGGAACUGAGAUAUAAUGAAAGUCUUACAAACUUCAGCUGUAACGGGAAGAAUGGAACAACCAAUGGAAGGAUCACUCAUGGUUUUAAAUUAAAGAGUGCCUACGAGAAUGGCCUGAUGCCUUACACAAAUUAUACAUUUGAUUUCAAGGGUAUAAUUGACUACAUCUUCUAUUCUAAACCUCAACUGAACACUUUAGGCAUCCUGGGACCUCUGGACCACCAUUGGCUACUUGAGAACAACAUCAGCGGCUGUCCACACCCACUCAUCCCUUCUGACCAUUUCUCACUUUUUGCACAACUGGAGCUUUUACUGCCUUUCCUACCCCAAGUCAAUGGCAUUCACCUUCCUGGCAGGAGGUAGUCAGAUACCUUCAGAAGACAACCUCAAUUUCAUUUGUCAACUUGUAAAAAUUUGAAUACAGGGGAGUGAGGUAUGGCCCUAGGGUUUUUUUUUUUUUUUUUUAAUGAUGAUUUGAAUUUUCAGUCUGAUUAUUUGAUAAGGAAGAUAGUAUGAAAGCCAGGUGCUAGCAACAGACAAAUUCUGAGCCCAAUAUGCUUUAUAUACUGUUAGACAGGGAUUGGUGUGUUUGUACCUAUCUUUAAUUUGUCACAAGUAAUUUUCCUGUUUCUUCUAUUCAAUAUAAUAUUUUCAUGCCUUGAAAUAGGAAAAUGUCUGAACAGCAUAUUCUCUUUGCACAGAACUCUGUAGCACUACUUUUUUGAGGCCAGUAGUAACAUCCAGAGAUCACUCCUCCAUACUUCACUCCUUUCUCAGACUCAUUUGUAAAAUACAGAAUUUGAAUUUAGCCUUUAUGAUUGUAUAUGAUCUACAGAAGACCUGAUUUGUGAAAUUUUGUACUUUAAAAAAAAAUCAGAUUUGGAAAUGAUUGUAUUGUAAAGUAAGGCAAAUUCUUUUUACCUGUUUCAUAUGUUAUAAAAGCCAGCUUGUAAAAGAAGUUGCAACAGACUUUCUCUGCUAAUGAUUUGCACUGUCAGGGUUUUGUUAGCCCUUUUGUACUACUUUAUUUUUAAAUUGAGAACAUUGCUUUUUUAAAUUUAAAUCUGUUUAAAACUUAGGACAUUGUCUGGGACCAGAGACAACUUAUCCAUGAAUUCUUGAAUUUUUACAAAAACUAUCUACCAGGACAGAUAAGCUGAGCAGUAAAUGAUCUGUAGGCAUUUAUGGACUGAAUGUAAUGGCUGAUAUAUGUACAUUCUGAUGUUUUUAAAACUUUUUAACUUUUUUAAGUUAAAAAAUUGUAGCUGCUAAGGUACAGCUUUUUAACUUCUUUUUGAGAUCCUUCUUAUCCUGUCUCCCCUGUGCCUGCCUACAUUUCUUCUCACCAAGCACUGCCUGUGCAUGCAGAGAAAAUCUGUGCAUCCUCUUUUGUAUUUUUUUAAAUAUUGUUAAACAUUUGUGACAAUUUUACGAAAAGUGCUUUUGUAUGAGCUAUGGCUUUUUUUCCAUUGUGAAGCAUUGGAUAUCACAUUUUGGAAUGCGUUCAGACGGUGGGUCCUUGGGUCUUUGCUCACCAGACCCAAGCACUGCUUCUAGAUGUCACUGCACAGUGCUGCUCAUCACCCAGAAAUACUACUAUCAUGUGAAUCUUUUUGUUUUCCAUGUAUUCCUUAGUCUCUUUUUUUUUUAAUCAUUCCCUUUUUUUUAAAGAAAAAUAAUUUUCCGUUUAUGAAGCAGUAUAAAUUAGAUGUAUUUACAAAACAGGUCCCUAAGGCAAUUCUUCAGAUCAUUUUUAAAGUGACUAAGUCAUUUCAAUACGUCAACCAAGUUAAAAGUUAUAUUGUACCCUGUAUUUUGCUCAUAGUGCCAUUAGUAGGUCAGAGAUUUAAAGCCAGCUUUUAACUUUGCAGAGUUAACUCAGAUGUGUUCUGUUCUUGUUCAUUUAUUCUUCUCUCAAAAAUCAUAUGAAUUCAAUUCAGAGGGAGUUUUGUCUAACUGCUUUUGUUUCAGCUGCAGGCAGGGGAGCAAAAGAUACCAUGUGAGCAUUAAGAAAAAAAAAUAGUUGAAUGUUAUUAACAAUUUUUAUAUACAGAGAAUGAGUCAUUUUGGAUAAUGACUUAAAAUUUAUGAAAAAUGUUCAGCACUUAAAUGUGCCUAUUACUCUGUUUUUAAGAGCAAAUAAAAUUACAUGCUGUUAAAAUUCAAAGAUUCUUUUUUUUUUUUUUGAUAUUCCAGAGAGGUUUUGAUCUUGAAUCUUUGUCUGGGACCUGGUUUUUCCUUUGAUAUUUUUGUUUGUUUGUUUUGUUUUUUAAGAUUUUGUUGUGAUGCUUUUUUAUGUUUUGAUUUUUGUUAAGUUGUGCUGACACCAAACACGUCCAGUUUAUAAUCAGUACAUUGGGAAGCUGGUAUUAUUGAUGUAGAACUGAUAUAUAGCUUUUGGGGGGGGGGUUUAUUUUAUUUUUUUGUAAAGUGUGAAUACAAAGUGUUUUUACUCACUUUUCCUGAACACUGUUGGUAAUGUGCGUCAUGACAAUUUCCAGUGAGGGUGAGCUGGAGCUGGUUGUACUGAUCAGAUGGAGGAAACUGCUUUUCCUAUGAUCUGCAUUAUGUAAUAACAGGUCCAGAAAGCUUUAUGGAACGGGGAGAGGGUGAAGCACUUACUCAUUUUGUGUUUGUUAAUGGCAGAUGUUAUUCUUUUCAUAGAUGCUGGAACUAGAGUGCACUUGUUACGUGAUAAAGGUUUGAGCUUUACACAAAAGAUUUUCAUCUUGUAUUAUUGUCUGAAUAUAUUUAAUUUGGGAGCAGCAUAAUAAGAUACAACGGCCUGUUGUAUGUUGAAAAUAUUUGUUCUUGCCUAUUUCAGGCAUAAUGCGUUCUGUGGGUCAGUUUGAGCAGCUUCUCCAACUUAUUUAGGGGUUAGAUAGUGAUAAAUGGAACCAAGAAUGUAGAUUUGCAACUGUAACCUUCAAGAAGUAUUUUGAAUCUCUAGGGAGUAGAUGGUCACACCAAAAUAGACUACAAUAAUUUUGUUAAGCAAAGUUUUGUGCGUUAACUAUUUUCUGUGUCCUGAAUAAUUUCUGAUAACCCAUACUUACUAAAAUGCAAUAAAAACUACAUGUUUUCACAGUGCAGGUUUUUUUCAAAAAUUGUGUAACUAAAGUGUAUGUAAUAUGGUAUUACCGCCAUAAUAUAAUUUCAGUGUUCUUGGUAGAUAAACCCAUCUUAUGAAUGUUUUAGAGAAAAUUGGGGUAUGUUUUCUGUUUCAAAUAUCAGAAAUUUGGCGGCACUCAAUUCCUUGUAAGUCUCUUGAAGUACAGUACAUAUGGUUUAUUGUAUUUGUGGUUAUUUAUGCUUUAAGAAUUUAAAUAAUGUUCAUCAAAAUUAAUUUAUGGCAUAAAGUUGUAGAAAUAAGUUGUUGGUUACAGCUUUUGUAGUCCCAGAAGAUAGGCAAAAAACAUAUCCAAGAAGUGUGUUUUUGUUUUUAUAUUUUAGUUGAUGACAACCAGGAAUUUUGGGUUAGCACUUUGAAACCUAAGGACAUUAUUAAAUUGGGUGGAAUGCACUUCUAAAUGUUGAAACGGAAAUUUCAAAGUUCUUCUAAGAUUCAGGUUUUCAAGAAUAAAUUCAACGUUUAGCGUUCCUUUUUUUUUUUUUUUUUUAACUAUUUAAAUUCGUAGAACCAGUUUCCAUAGUUAUUUUAGUUGGGGUUAUAUCACAUAAGGACAAAAGCCAGCCUAGGGAAAACAGCUACAGCAGUUUGUUCUUUUAAUAAAGGGAACAAUUCAAAUAUCCAGUACAAAUGCUGCAGAUAAUUUAAAGAACGCCUUUAGUGCAAAUGUCUCCCCCAGGUAAACAGUAUUUUAAGAGAGUUCACUUUGCUCUUCUUUUUGGUUACAUAAAUUUUAAUUAUGCAGAUAUCUCUGUAUGUUAGUGUCUAAAAUAGAAUAUCUGGUCUUUAUUCACAGUACGUUAUAUUGUGUAAUGCACUGGACUAACUCUUGUUUACCAUUCAUAUAUCAAAACCCAGCACAGUAUCUGCACUCAGCUCAAAGAAUGUUGCAUUUGCCUCUGCAGCUCUUUGGUAAGGGUAAUGGGAAACGGGAAUAUGUACAAUAUGAGCUGGUGGUAACAAGGGCUUUUACUGUUCUUUUCAGUGGAACCUUCUUGGUCAAAUUGUAACUCGCUAGUUAUUAUAUUUAUAUACAGGGUCUCUUUUCUUUACUGAUGUAUUUUCCUACUCAUAGCCAACCAAUAAAUUCUGUAUCUGUUCAAAGUA